ACCCGCGGGCAGGCAUCGCGGGUGCGGGACGACCUCGGGCGGCGGCGGAGCAGGGCUCCAAGAGAGCCCCGGGAGUUGGCAGGUCUGCGCGUGGACCACGACGAACUGGCAUUCGCGCGAGUCGGGCGCAGCUGACCACCAGCAGCACCCCGCAGCUGGCCGCGAUGGUGACUGGCGUGAGCCUCCUGCUGCGCUCCCUGCCACUGCUGCUGUGGAGCUGCCGGGAUGCACAGCCCGCCCGGCUAGGACGCCCGGAGCUGCGCCAGGAGGCGGAGGCAUUCCUGGAGAAGUAUGGAUACUUCAAUGAGCAAGGUUCGAAAGCUCCAGCCUCCACGCAGUUCAGCAAUGCCAUCAGAGAGUUCCAGUGGGUGUCCCAGCUGCCCAUCAGUGGCGUGUUGGACCGGGCCACACUGCAUCAGAUGGCACUUCCGCGCUGUGGGGUUGCAGACGCUGACAGUCAUGCAGCUUGGGCAGAGAGGAUCAGUGCCCUGUUUGCUGGACACCGGGCCAAAAUGAGACGUAAGAAACGCUUUGCAAAGCCAGGUAACAAAUGGUACAAACAGCAUCUGUCCUACCGCCUGGUGAACUGGCCUGAGCGCCUGCCCGAGCCAGCUGUUCGAGGGGCCGUACGAGCUGCCUUCCAGUUGUGGAGCAAUGUGUCAGCGCUGGAGUUCUGGGAGGCCCCAGCCACGGGCCCUGCUGACAUCCGCCUCACCUUCUUCCAAGGGGACCACAAUGAUGGGCUAGCCAACGCAUUCGACGGCCCAGGGGGCGCCCUGGCGCACGCCUUCCUGCCCCGCCGGGGCGAAGCGCAUUUCGACAGAGAUGAGCGUUGGUCCCUGAGCCGCCGCCGCGGGCGCAACCUGUUCGUGGUGCUGGCGCACGAAAUCGGCCACACGCUCGGUCUCGCACACUCGCCCGCGCCGCGCGCGCUCAUGGCGCCCUACUACAAGAAGCUGGGCCGCGACGCCCUGCUCAGCUGGGACGACGUGCUAGCGGUGCAGAGCCUGUAUGGGAAGCCUCUGGGACGCUCAGUGGCCACCCAGCUCCCUGGAAAGCUAUUCACUGACUUUGAGGCUUGGAACCCUCGCAACUCCCAGAGGAUACGCCCCGAAAUCAGAGGUCCUAAAUACUGCUACUCUUCCUUUGAUGCCAUCACUGUAGAUGGACAGUGGCGACUGUACGUCUUCAAAGGAAGCCACUUCUGGGAAGUCGCAGCUGAUGGCAAUGUUUCAGAGCCCCGUCCCCUACAGAAAAGGUGGCCUGGGCUGCCUCCCAAUAUCGAGGCUGCUGCAGUGUCGCUGGAAGAUGGAGACUUCUACUUCUUUAAAGGGAGUCGAUGUUGGAGGUUCCAGGGCAUGAAGUCUGUGUGGGGUAACUCACAACUGUGCCGGGCUGGAGGUCUGCCCAGACACCCGGACGCAGCUCUCUUCUUCCCGCCUCUGCGCCGCCUUGUCCUCUUCAAGGGCGCCCGCUACUACGUGCUGGCUCGAGGCGGGAAGCAAGUGGAGCCCUACUAUCCUCGCAGCCUGAGGGACUGGGCGGGGGUCCCUGAGGAGGUCAGUGGCGCCCUACCAAGGCCGGAUGGCUCCGUCGUCUUCUUCAGAGAUGACCACUACUGGCACCUGGAUCAAGCCAAACUGCGGGUGACCAGCUCCGGCCGCUGGGCCACAGAGCUGCCCUGGAUGGGCUGUUGGAAUGCCAACUCAGGAGGUGCCCUGUUCUGAAGGCGCCCCAUACUGAAUGAACAGUGGUUGCCCCCGCCCGAGGGGCGAGGCCUGUCUAGGAAGCCUUGAACCUCGCAGGAACUUCCCGGUAGCACUGGCUUCAGCAGGAAAUCUGCAUUUAUUCCCCCCCCCCCACCACCGUGGUCGAAGGAGAAACAAAAACAGGGUUCCCAUAGCCCUUUCCCUCAAGGACCUCCUUCCUUCCCACUCCUGAGGGGAUUCUGUUCUGAUGAAGGUGCAGUCCCAUGCCCGUAGUGCUGAGUCCCACCAGAGAAGAUGCAAAACUCAACUGGGGGUGAGGGGGGUGAGGACCACUCUGCAGGACCUCCCUUUCUAUCUAUGCCUUUCAGGCUCAGUUCCUGGGAAAUCGCGUAUUAUUCCAUCAGAGACUUCACCCUACCUCCCACGCCCAGCAAGUUUGGAUGUGGUGAAGGCUCCUCUCCACUGUCAGGGGCCCUUUGCUGGAUCAAGAGGCAGAGCAGAAGGGAAUGUGGUCCUCUUAGGCCUGGCUUCUUGUCUGGGGUGAUGAAGAAGUACCCCAAGCUGGUCAGCCCAGAGGUGUAGCAGCCUUCCUUGGGCAGCCUCAGUAGAAGCAGAUGAGUGUGGGGUGCUUGAGACACGGGGACCCAUGCUCUUACAUCCAACUAAGGGACAACCACCUGCGUAUGGUUGUCGUGGAGAGAGGGGGUGCACCUCUCUUCAAGGAGCAGACCGUCUUCACCAGUUUGCCUUCCAGAUGGACGUCUCUUGUGCAGCAGGAAGUUGGCAGAGGACCCUUUCGGGGUCUGACCAUUGCAGGCACUGGGAAUGCAGCCUCCAUAGCGCUCUGCAGGUUGGGUGAGGCCCGUUUGCUCCUCAAUGGCCCCAUUCUCCAGGCCACACACGCAGCAGCAUUCCGAAGCUCAUGCUGUCUAGCCAAGAAUAGCUGGGAUUCCUGGAGAAGGAACCAGCUCCCCAGCUUUCCCCUUUUGUCCGAGCCAGUCUCGGUAUUAAUUUUAGCAUCUGGAUCUCCAUCCCACCCUGCCUCCCCCUCCACCUACCAAUGCCUCUGCACACACACACACACACACACACACACACACACACACACACACACACUCACACUCACACACACUGACCACCGAGAGCCAGCUCUCAGGGAGGGGAGAACGAUUUGGCAGGGGAGCAGCCCAUAGUUCCCCAGAGGCAUUGCUGGCCCCGUGCCCUCCUUUCUUCUCUGUGCCGUGGACAGAAUGGCCUUUGACUGCCCUUAGAUGCAAGUGCUUUGUACUGCCCUGUCCUGGGGAGACCAUGGAGGAACCUCCCUGCUAUCCCCUGCUUUCUGGGUUGAAAUCAGGAGAGAGAAAGGAGGGUCCCAUCUUUAUCACCCCACUCCACUUCAGGCGACUCUGAUUUGAGACUUUAUUGAGGGAUUAGAGGGAAAGACGUAAUGUCUUAAAGGACAGAGGGAACCCCGAGGCUGUUUUUCUCCAGGCGAUGCCUCUGUUCGCCUGGCCAGAAAGACAUGGAAAAAAUGCAGGUGAGGCUGUAUUGGAGGCGUGGGUCAGGAGAGCUGCAGAUGUUGGGUACUGUCUAGGGAGUAGUGCCUAGGUUCUGCUGUAGUUCGGCGAGACAACAGGUGUGAACCGACAGUGGGCCUUUUCACCGGAAGGAGGCGCCAAGGAUGGCAGUUUGAAAGGACAGCUCUGUGGAACGCACUAGAGAUAGAAGAGUUUGGAGCUUUGCGGGUGCAGAGGCUGGGACUGGAUGCACUCAGAGCUCCCGGCGGCCUCCGCCUUACUUGGGUCAGGGUGCUCCAGAAUACAGUGCUCUAUGUAGGCCGGGUAGCUAUGCAGGCUCUUGCAUUUCUUGCAGAAAAGGAUCUCGCAGCGCGCACAAACCCCGCGGCGCGGUGGCCGCCGCCGCGUCUCCAACACGCACGGUUCUUCCGGGGCACCACGCUUCCUAUGGGCCGGGGACGUGAGUGCUCAGUAGCCCUGCGGCCCUCCUCCCUAAAGCUCGGCCCCGGGUGCUUGCUUCUCACCUGUCCGCAGGGGCGGCCAGGCCACCCAGCAGCGCGAACGGGCUGAGCCAGCCCCAGAAGCCGCUGUCCGAGCGUCGCAGCAGCGCCACCUGCUGGGUGCUGGGCUCCUGGCGCAGCGGGCAGUAGCACACCGAGAGGGCCUCGCGCUCCUCCGCAUCGCGGGCGUCCUCCUCGACCUCCGCCGUGCUCUCGGGGUCCCGCUUCUCCACCUCCGACGAUGACGACGACGACGACGACUCGUCCUCCGGCUCCUCCUCGCUGGCCUCGGGCUCCUCCACCUCCUUCUUCCACAGAGGGGUCUUCACGCCUGCAGGCGGGGAGGGGGAGCCUGAAUCCAGCAUGCCUGGGGGAGAUGCCGCCGUCCAGCUGCUGCCUGCCAAAGGGCUUCGGAGUCCCAGAUUCCCGGACUGCGGCCAAGUUCCCGCCCUCCUGAGCUUCCUUGCUAAGGAUUCCAAGCAAGUCACCUCGCUUCCAUCAAGUUCCAUUUUUUUUUUUUUUUUUCCGUCUCUGAAGCGGGAAAAGUAGCACCUACCUCAAGAGUGGUUGUGAGGCUGACUCUAGAUAGUGUCUGGGUACAACACACAGUUUCCUGCUUGCCGUUGUGCAAGCAAUCAACGAACAUAUAUUGCCAACACGGAAGGAGGAUUACUCAACGUUAAUAAACAUCAAUUGUUAUUUCAA